AUGAAGAUCACCGCUCUCCUCUACACUCUGAUGGCUGCUACUGCCGUGAGUGCCGCAGCAGUCGCUGAGCGCGACACUCUCGGUGGCCUCGAGGCCCGGGAUACCUGUGGAAGCGGUUACAACGUUGACCAGCGACGCACAAACAGCGGCUGCAAGGCCGGAAACGGAGACAGACACUUCUGUGGCUGUGACCGCACCGGUGUGGUCGAAUGCAAGGGUGGCAAGUGGACCGAGGUUCAAGACUGUGGAAGCAGCUCUUGCAAGGGUACCAGCAACGGCGGAGCUACCUGCUAG